AGGAAGAGCCGCCAAUUGCCGUUCAGAAGAUAUAUUUCAUCGUUCACUACGCCGUUGUGGGGCUGGGUGAGCGGUCGGAUAGCAAGUUAGGGCAUGGCGCCAAGCUGGUAGGGCUCGGCGUCUAGGAUCAUGAAUAGGCAACUGUUUUUCUCGCAGACGCCGCCAAGCGCUUGGAAUGGGUCCAGCAGCACGCCACAUCGUCGCCUGUUCUGCCCUGUCGGAAGUUCAUGCAGCUUCAAAACCAAUCAUGUUGCUCAGGGCACCUAUCGCAAUUCAGGAAUCAACUCAGAGCUUCUUGGGAGCUGCGAUCUUGUCGAGCUUCGGUCGAGUGAAGCAAUGAUUGUACUUGGCGGGUUCAUACAACGUAAACAAACGCACGAGCUCUUGAUUUCGUCUACGAAUGAACAUUCUUCCUCCUCGAAAGCGGGUAGAUCCCCAUCAUCCGCAACGCCCGCAUCGGGUGAUUAUCGUUACAGCCUCGACCCCCUGACACCUUCGGAGAAUCAGGAUACAACAACUACACUGCCUGCCCACGUCAUUGAGAUCGUCAUACCACCUCCAUUUCAGCGAUAAGUCAUUGGAUCUUGGCAGGGCUGGAGGAACCUCUUGGCACGCCGAGGCUCGCCAAGCGAUCCCGCCCCUUUUGCCGGAGAGAACUGGUCCUGUUUUCGGGCGGUCACCUCACUUGCUCCGAAACACUUAUAUGCGCGAUUUUCUCGCACCAGUCGGGCAAGUCCCUGACUCUCAAGUCUCUCCCACUAUGCCGACUCUGAAUGUGAGUGGGCUGAAUGUGGUCAUUGCGGUUUUGGGUGCAUUUAUCACUUUAUAUGCGUUUUUCUCGGUGAAGAUCAAGAACAAGUGGUACCUGGGUGAAGCCUUACCGGCUGUCGUGGUGGGUAUUAUCUUCGGCCCGUACGCUGCGCGGUUUCUCGAUGCGACAGAAUGGGGUUCGGCCAUCCGAGGCCAGCAGGAUGCAAUCACGCUGGGUAUGUGUCGGGUCGUGAUUGGGGUGCAGCUACUCAUAGUGGGAUUUCAAUUGCCCGCUAAAUAUCAGCUUCAUCGGUGGAAAGAGAUGUUCGUUUGUCUUAUUCCGAACAUGACGCUCAUGUGGCUCUGCACAUCGGCCUGUGUUUUCUUGGUGGUUCCUGAGCUGCCUUUGCUCAGUUCCCUAGUCAUAGGAGCCUGCGUGACUUCAACAGAUCCGAUCCUCUCCCAGGCCAUCGCCAAGGGUCCCUUUGCCGACCGAUACGUUGCCCGUGACCUACGCGAACUGAUAUCAUCAGAAGCUGGCGCUAAUGACGGUUUCGGAUUCCCCUUCCUAAUGCUAGCGACAUAUCUCAUACGCUAUACACAAGGGGACCCAGAUCAAAAUACUGCACACGCACAUCGAGACUUACACAUAAGGGCCGGUGAUGUUGGCCACCAACAUGGUGGGCUGGGCAAGGCAAUGGAGUUGUGGUUUGUUGAGACAUUGCUCUACUACGUCAUUAUGGGGGCCGUGUACGGUGCUGUUCUUGGAUACACGUCAAUGAUGGCACUGCGAUACACGCUGCGAAAGAAGUGGAUAGACACAGAGUCAUAUCUGCUCUUCCCCACCGCGUUGGGACUAUUCAUUAUCGGCACUUGCGGCUGCAUCGGCACGAAUGACCUCCUCGCUUGCUUUUCCGCCGGAGUCGCCCUGAACUGGGACGGAGGCUUUCUCGCUGAGACCGAAGCCCGCCACGACGAAGUCAACCCAUGCAUAGACGUGCUUCUCAACUUCGGCGGUUUCAUGUACAUCGGCGCCGUGAUCCCCUGGGACGACUUCCACCAGCCAGACACAAGCGGCAUUACAUGGCCCCGGUUGCUGCUCCUUGGUGUUUUGGUACUUCUCUUCCGCCGCAUACCUAGUACCCUGGCGCUUUACAAGUUCAUACCGAAGUGUUGCAAGAACUGGAGGGAGGCUUUGUUCAUGGGGUACUUUGGUCCUAUUGGGAUCGGGGCCGUCUUCUACGCGGAGCAUGCUGCCCAUCUCUUUCCCGCAGUUGGCGAAGGUAGUGAGAUGGAAACAGUCCUCAUGCGCGAUCUCAAACCCACCAUCUACUUCCUCGUCAUCUUCUCAAUCUUAGUCCACGGGCUGUCCAUCCCUAUCCUCAGCAUAAUCUACCAAUUGCUCAAUGUCCCACCCGAAAUCGACCCGCUCGGCCCGGCCGAGGUUCGCCGGCUGAGUGUCAACACACACCUACCACCAAACAGCGCCCUGGAACCAAGACAGCGCUCAAUACUCAUGUACAACCGCUUUUCGAGAACAAAGUUCCCCGCGAAUAUUGGCUGGCAUUUGCCUCAUUUUAAGAGUGUACACACUGACCGAGAUGGGCAUUUCUCCAGGGUGGAUAGUAUCCAGUUAGGUGGACGUUCAACUGGCGGUGCAAAUACCAGUGGAGGUGGUCAUGGUGCUAGUGGUGUUGGAAGCCCGCAUGAGAUGCACCCGAUACAUGGACUGUAAGAAGGAGAAGCGACGGCCUGUUGUCCCUUCCUGAGUGUUUCACUUUUUUUCCCCCGGGUAUCCCUUCUCAUUUCCUGGCGCACCUCCACGCAGUACUUCUCUAGAGUUUCCUUUUGUGUCCUGCUUUUCGGCGAAAGGAUACCUAUGAUUUGCAUAUACUUGGUGUUUUGCAUAUUUCGUGCAGAUAUAUUAGUUUGCAUUUAUUGUUACUCGAAUGACACGAUUAGAUAUCUUUGCUUCUUGCAUG